AUGCCAAAAAUUACAGCCAGAAAAAGGAAAUUUGAUGUAUUGUCAUCGGAGAAGUACUGUCGUCGAUUGGUAUCCUGCUUGUUUGACGAGGCAUUUCUUCGAGAGCCUCAGGGAUUUCUCGCUGCAAUUUCGGCGCGUAUAAACUGUGACAAUCCGAGUAACAGCAAAUCAACUUUUGCAAAGUUGCCUGAUUGGGUCACAAAUCCCCCGGCCUUAGUCAGGCCGGUUCCUCCAAAUUCUCAUGGUUUAGAUGGGCCCGUUCCGUUUCCCUUCUCCAUAACCUGGGAAAGGUACACACCUUCUGCUGAAACAGAGGCUGCUGUCCAGCUUGUGGCGAUCGAAGAACCCGACGUUUUGGUAAUUAUUCUGCAGAAUCAACUUCGUUCACUUUUGGAACAUGAGUCAGCAGCUCAUAAUUUUGCAGCAAUGCUUCGGUCGCUACCAAGUCGAAGACGUGUCUCCGUCAUCAUCUUCGCUCCAAGGUGGCAUAAAAUCUCUAUUGCGUGUCUCUGGCCUUCGUUCUUUUACUACUGUGGUGCCUUUCAUCGAUCUCUUGAUUAUUUGAUGCCGAUUUUGUUAAUAUAUCUGCUGCUUCUUUUCUUACUCGCUGACCGAUUUCUUGUGAUUAGACUCUCUCCAACUAAAGAGCGCGUCUUCCUUGAUCUACUCACUCGCCUCCAAUUCGAGUGUCGCUUAGCAGGUAUUCAACAGGCUUCGACGGUGCAGAAUCUUGCUGUUCUUGUGGGCAAUUACACCAAAGCUGUUUGUCAGCGUCCAUUUAAGAAGUCGCGAUUAGACGAUCGACAUGGCUUCUCCUUCCUUCCCGCCUCGGCAACAACUGUUGCAGGCGCGGUUGCUGCUCCUCGGUUCCCUCUGACAGCAGCAUGUCGAGGCAUUGGUUUUAACGAAGGGGAAGUGGUACGUGCGUGGGCUCAUCAAACCUGGCUGCGUCAGCUUGCAACGUGGCGAGGAAUGACUGGGGAGGUAGUUCACGCUGUUGCAGAGGCCUUCCCUACUCCACGUGCACUGUUCAAUGCAGUCAAUGACGUUUCAGGUGGUUCAACAUAUUUUGUCGCUCACUUUAAAUGGCAGUUUCCGAUUACGACGAAAAAAAAUCAUUUUUUAUCCUUUGCUUUCCCAGACGAUAAUGGCGUAGCAAAAUUGGCCGAAUUGCCGAUUCGUCGAGGUGCUGGUGUCCUGACAACAGAGAAUCGAUUGGGAAAUGCAAUUGCUGCCCGUAUUGCCGCAUUUUUCACAUCUGUUGACCCUGACCUUCUUGUAGAUGGUGCCCCUUGA